CUGGGGAUGGCAGAAAUGGUCCAAAGUAGGACACAGGGAGCUAUCAGACGGGCUAUAGUAAUCGGAAAUGGGUUUGCCGGAGCGGAGAAUCAGAGCAUUGGUUUGGUUCGUGCUCUGGGCUUAACUGAUCGUCAUUCUCUCUAUCGAGUCACUAGACCAAGAGGAGGAAUUAACAGAUGGAUUCCGUGGCUUCCGCUCUCUCUGCAUAAAAAGUUAGACUUUGCCAUCUCAGGGAUUAGAGGCAACAGCAAAGAUAGCUUAGGUCUCUCAUCUGGCGUGGUGGAAGCUGAUGCGAAGCAGAUUGCAACAAUGGCUCGUCAGACAUUUGACAAAGAUGGGCCGCUGCUGGUAGUUGCAUCUGGUCGGGAUACCAUUCCUGUUGCAAGUGCCAUUAAACGUUUAGCUCCAGAAAAUGUGUUUCUUGUCCAGAUACAACAUCCAAGGUCACAUCUGAAUAGGUUUGAUUUGGUGAUAGCUCCUCGUCAUGAUUAUUAUCAAUUGACUCCUCAUGCACAGAAACAAAUUCCUUGGUUUCUUCGGAGGUGGAUCACCCCUCGUGAACCACCUGGAAAAAAUGUGGUUCUCACCAUUGGAGCUCUUCAUCAGGCUGAUUCUGCUGCACUUAAAAGUGCUGCUUCUGCUUGGCAUGCUGAAUUGGCACCAGUCCCAAGGCCGUUGCUUGUAAUAAAUAUAGGAGGCCCUUUGGGGAACUGUUCAUAUGGUGUGGAUCUUGCAAAACAGUUAGCAGCUAUGCUGCGCAAUGUUCUGUGGAGCUGUGGAAGUGUGAGAAUUUCUUUCUCCAGAAGAACUCCUGAGAAGGUGUCCAAAUUUCUUACAAGAGAAUUCAGCAAUAAUCCGAAAGUCUACAUUUGGGAAGGUGAAGGCCACAAUCCACAUAUGGGCCAUCUAGCCUUUGCAGAUGCUUUUAUCAUCACUGCUGAUUCAGUCAGCAUGUUGAGUGAGGCUUGCAGUACCGGCAAACCUGUGUAUGUGAUUGGUGCCGAACGCUGUACAUGGAAGUUCGCAGACUUCCAAAACCGUCUGGAGGAAAGGGGAGUGGUUCGUCCAUUCACUGGUAAAGAGGAUAUGUCCAAGUGUUGGAGCUAUGUUCCACUGAAUGACACUGCUGAGGCUGCUACUCAGGUGAAGAAGGCCCUUGCUGAGUGGGGAUGGAGUAUACUUGUGUAAUGGCUUAGUUUCUGUUAGAUCGGUCAAGAUCAUUGGAUUUGAGUACUCUAGGAUUUGACCCAGUUUUGUCCAAUUUAUCUCUACAAAUGUACAUAUUAGUUUGGAACUCUUGACGUAUCAUUAUCACCAAUGUAAUUUAUCUGAGUUUAGCUUAGGCAUGUAAGUCGUAAGCCUGUAACCCAUAAAUGAAUAGAAAACCUUGAAAUACAAAUGAUCUCAGAGAUAUUCAUU